AUGUUGCUCAUCAUCAUCAGCGGUGAUGGCGGGUUCGAUAUGAGAUGUAGAUUAUCUGUGCCACCAUCACAGCCUGAGAUCCCCUCCCCCAUGCCUAAGUCUUACCGUCAAACACAUCUGACCUUAUCCUCCUCCAAGCCUAUCGUCAGAUUCUUCAAACCCAACCUUCCUCCUAUCAAAUGCUCCAACUCCUCGAAGAAGAUCAGAUCCCCGUCGAGAGAGCAACACAAUCCCUUCCAAGCAAUUCUCGAUGCCAUUUUCAAGACUUUGAAAUCGUUGCAAAAGCCGGCGAUCGCAACUGUCCUUCUGGGGGUCCUCCUGGUCUAUGACCCGCAUUCAGCGCUCGCAGCUUCCGGCGGGAGGAUGGGCGGGCAGGCAUUCUCGUCAUCAUUGUCGUCUAGGAGCUACUCGGUCCCGUCGUCGAACCAACUUGGGUUCUCUUAUUCGGUGUUGUACUAUGCCCCGACGCCAUUCGGGGGUAGCAGGGGGUGUUACAUGGGGCCCGCCGUCGGUGUUGGGGUGGGUGUCGGGUCGAGCCUCUUUGUGCUGAUGAUGGAUUUCCCUGCAGCCAUUUUGGUGUCAGGGUUCCUUUCUGAUCAACGGUUUAAAUUAACGGAUCAAAUGAUGCCCUUGUUUUCUCUCAAUAUCUAUCUUUGA